UUUUAAUAAGAACGACACCUCUGUAUUGUUACCAAAAGCAACAGUCACUUCAGCGAUUAUCGCCAUAUUGCAAUCUCCGUCGAAUUCCGGAAGCUAAGUGCUAAGGAUGAAAGAAGCCAAGACUCGAGUGACUGUCGAUGUCGGGAUUGGUUCAUUGUGGAAGUGUUUGUCCAAGGAUCUACUCUCUAUCCUUCCGCAGGUGAUCCCAAACUUAGUGCAGAAUGGAGAGGUCAUUGAAGGAGAUGGUGGCCUUGGUACGGUCAUUCUUUUCAGUUUUGGUCCUGAUGUGCCGAAUAUGAAGUACCAGAAGGAGAAGAUUGUGGAACUGGACGAGUCUGUGCACCGAAUCGGGUUACAAGUUGUCGAAGGGGGUCACCUUGAUCUUGGCUUCACCUUUUACAAAACUUCGUUUCAACUAACAGCAAUCUCAGAGAAGCAGACUCUGGUGGAUGUGGUAUAUGAACGUGAGACAGAACAAAGAGUCCUGCCCGCAAAAACUACGGCUGGUGCAAUUGCCUGCAUCAAGGGCCUUGAGAACUAUUUGUUGAGUACUGAUGCUACUACAUAGAGCUGGACCUAUCACAGUUCAUCUCCGAUUCAGAAAAGAGCAAGGACAACA